UACAGAGAGAUGGAUGAGAGUCUUGCAAACCUGUCAGAAGAUGAGUAUUACUCUGAAGAAGAGAGAAAUGCCAAAGCUGAGAAAGAGAAAAAGCUCCCGCCACCACCUCCACCAGCUCCCGCAGAAGAAGAAAAUGAAAGCGAGCCAGAGGAACCAUCUGGGCAAGCAGGAGGACUUCAAGACGACAAUUCUGGAGGGUAUGGAGACGGCCAAGCAUCAGGUGUGGAGGGCGCAGCUUUCCAGAGUAGACUUCCCCAUGACCGUAUGACAUCUCAAGAAGCUGCCUGUUUCCCAGAUAUAAUCAGCGGGCCACAGCAGACUCAGAAGGUGUUUCUGUACAUCAGGAACCGCACACUGCAACUUUGGUUGGAUAACCCAAAGAUUCAGUUGACGUUUGAGGCAACUAUCCAACAGUUGGAAGCACCUUAUAAUAGUGAUACGGUGCUAGUUCACAGAGUACACAGCUAUCUAGAGAGACAUGGUCUAAUCAACUUUGGUAUCUACAAAAGAGUGAAGCCCCUUCCAACCAAGAAGACUGGAAAGGUGAUCAUUAUAGGAUCUGGAGUGUCUGGCUUGGCAGCAGCUCGUCAGUUGCAGAGUUUUGGGAUGGAUGUCACAGUGCUGGAAGCCAGGGACCGGGUAGGAGGAAGAGUUGCUACGUUUCGCAAAGGGAACUAUGUUGCUGAUCUGGGAGCCAUGGUGGUAACAGGACUUGGUGGGAAUCCCAUGGCUGUGGUCAGCAAGCAAGUAAACAUGGAACUGGCUAAGAUCAAGCAAAAAUGCCCACUUUAUGAAGCAAAUGGACAAGCUGUUCCAAAAGAGAAGGAUGAAAUGGUGGAGCAAGAAUUCAAUCGUCUGUUGGAAGCUACCUCCUACCUCAGUCAUCAGCUGGAUUUUAAUGUUCUCAAUAAUAAACCUGUCUCCCUAGGUCAGGCUUUGGAGGUUGUCAUACAAUUGCAGGAGAAACACGUGAAGGAUGAGCAGAUUGAACACUGGAAAAAGAUUGUGAAAACGCAGGAGGAGCUGAAGGAUCUUCUUAACAAGAUGGUGAAUUUAAAAGAGAAGAUUAAAGAACUCCAUCAACAGUACAAGGAAGCAUCAGAAGUGAAACCACCCCGGGAUAUUACAGCAGAGUUCCUCGUGAAAAGCAAGCAUAGAGAUCUGACUGCACUUUGCAAGGAGUAUGAUGAAUUGGCAGAAACACAAGGAAAGCUGGAAGAGAAACUUCAAGAACUUGAAGCCAAUCCACCAAGUGAUGUUUAUCUGUCAUCCAGAGACAGGCAAAUACUUGACUGGCAUUUUGCCAACCUGGAAUUUGCUAAUGCUACACCCCUAUCUACACUUUCACUGAAGCACUGGGACCAGGAUGAUGACUUUGAAUUCACAGGCAGUCACCUGACCGUGAGGAACGGAUACUCGUGUGUGCCUGUAGCCUUGGCAGAAGGCUUGGACAUUAAAUUAAAUACAGCGGUGCGACAGGUUCGCUACACAGCUUCAGGCUGUGAGGUGAUCGCUGUUAAUACCCGCUCUACCAGCCAAACUUUUAUUUAUAAAUGUGAUGCUGUGCUGUGUACUCUUCCCUUGGGAGUCCUGAAACAGCAGCCACCAGCUGUACAGUUUGUGCCACCCCUUCCCGAGUGGAAAACUUCUGCAGUGCAACGGAUGGGAUUCGGCAACCUUAACAAGGUUGUGUUGUGUUUUGAUCGUGUCUUCUGGGAUCCAAGCGUCAAUUUAUUUGGUCAUGUUGGUAGCACUACUGCGAGCAGAGGAGAGCUGUUCCUGUUUUGGAACCUGUACAAAGCACCAAUUUUGUUGGCUUUAGUAGCUGGAGAAGCAGCAGGGAUCAUGGAAAAUAUCAGUGAUGACGUCAUUGUUGGACGGUGUCUUGCCAUCCUCAAAGGCAUCUUCGGCAGCAGUGCGGUGCCACAGCCCAAGGAGACCGUGGUAUCCCGUUGGCGCGCUGACCCUUGGGCCCGGGGAUCGUACUCCUAUGUAGCAGCUGGAUCUUCUGGAAAUGACUAUGACUUAAUGGCUCAGCCAAUUACUCCUGGACCAGCCAUUCCAGGUGCUCCACAGCCUAUUCCCCGCCUGUUUUUCGCGGGAGAACACACAAUUCGCAACUACCCUGCGACCGUUCAUGGUGCGUUACUGAGCGGGCUGCGAGAGGCAGGUCGCAUUGCAGACCAGUUCCUUGGGGCCAUGUACACCCUGCCUCGCCAGCCGACCCCGGGGGUCCCCCCUCAGCAAGCGGCCAGCAUGUGAGAGCAGUAGAAGGUACCAGAAGAGGAUUCAUAAAACCAC